AUGGCCAACUUUGGAGUUCUCUGCUUCCUUGCACUUGUUAUCUCUCUGAUUGCACUGAAUCAAAAUGUUGUAGAAGCCACAUUUCCAGAGAAUGUCUACUUUACCUGGGGAGCUGAUCAAGCCAAAAUUUAUGGUAAUGGUGAUGAUCUUGAGCUUCUUCUAACCAAUUAUUCAGGGUCUGGAAUUCAAUCUGAUCAUGCAUAUCUCUUUGGCAGUAUUGAAAUGCUAAUCAAAUUAGUACCUGGGAAUUCUGCUGGCACUGUUACAGCCUACUAUUUGUCUUCCACUGGUGACAAGCAUGAUGAGAUAGACUUUGAGUUCUUGGGCAAUCAAUCAGGACAACCUUACACUGUCCACACAAAUGUCUUUGCUCAAGGUCUUGGAGGCAAAGAACAACAAUUUAAACUCUGGUUUGACCCAACUGCUGAUUACCACAACUACACCAUUCACUGGAACCCAAGCGAAAUUGUAUGGUUUAUUGAUGAUAUUCCAAUCCGAGCCUUUCGGAACUAUGAGAGUCAGGGCAUUGCAUACCCAAACAAGCAAGGGAUGUGGCUUUAUUCCAGCUUAUGGAAUGCUGAUAACUGGUGCACACAAGGUGGGCGUGUGAAGAUUGAUUGGAGCUGUGCACCAUUCGUAGCAGGAUUUAGAAAUUUUAGGCCAAGGGCUUGUCAAUGGUAUGGAACAGAUAGCAUAUACCAAUGUUCUGCCACUACCUCUUACAACUGGUGGACAUUCCCUGAGUAUACCCAGUUAAGCAAAAGUCAAGUUGGUCAGAUGAAUUGGGUUAGAGACAACUACAUGAUCUAUAACUACUGCACCGAUUAUCAAAGAUUCAACUGGAAUAUGCCCCCUGAAUGCAAUUUAGGGCAAUAUUAGAAGCAAGC